AUGCCUUGCCUGUUCCUGGUGGCUCGCUCCGGCGCCCAAGGCAGCGAGCAGUCUCGCAGACCGACGCCCGCCUUCGUCACACCGAUGAACUCCCCUGUUCACGAGGCAAACCCGGUGCGCAAAUACCGCAGCGCAGGAGUGGAGCCCAGCGAUCAGCCGCUGACUGUGCCGAAGUCUCCCGACGUCUCAACGGGCAGCGACCCAUCAGCGGCGGCAGGGGGGCGUGGGGGCGGGCGGGGAAGCCAGCGCUCCCAUUGGCUGAGGCGCUCCUCACUGAGCGGGCAGCGACCAAUCAGCGGCGGCAGCGGGCCGAGGGGGCGGGCGGAGGAGCCAGCGCUCCCAUUGGCUGAGGCGCUCGUCACUGAGCGGGCAGCGACCAAUCAGCGGCGGCAGAGGGGCGAGGGGGGGGCGGGCCGAGGAGCAGCGCUCUCAUUGGCUGCACCGCGUGUCACUCCGCCGGUAGCGACCAAUCAGCCGCAGAGGAGGGUUCGAGGGGGCGGACGGAGGAGAGCGGGCUCCCAUUGGCCGAGCCGCAUGUCAGUCAGCGGGCAGCGACUAAUCAGCGAUGGCAGCGGGCCGAGAGGGCGGGCAAAGGAGCCAGCGCUCCCAUUGGCUGAGGCGCGCGUCACUCAGCGGGCAGCGACCAAUCAGGCGCACCGGAGGCUUCGAGGGGGCGGGCGGAGGAGAGAGGGCUCCCAUUGGCUGACCGAAACUAUCGCAAGCGAAUGCGGAAGGCUGCGUGUGCUCCUGGCUGUCCUAGGACGUGAAGGUGGUGGAUUGCCCAGCUGCGAGCACCGGCGUGCCGCUGUUACGAACGCGGCUCGACCGCUCGUUGGCUUUGUUUGGGAGGAGUUGCAGCCUCCCUGCGAAAACCUAAAGCUCCGGCUGCUGCUGUGCCGGAUCCUAACGGUCCCCGUGAGCAAAGCUAGCCUCUGCGGUGCCCUUCGAACCGAGCAACGCCAGAGCAGAGGCACGUGGAAGUUUGCCCCUUCUCUUCCGGUGCCCGUGACGGAGCGCAGCGAAUACGAAAAGAGGCAGUGCUGGAAGAAUUGCCGAAGGAGAGGGUACGAGCUCAAAGCUGCCUCGGGUUCCGGUGCUGAAGCGAAGCGGGUGCCCCGGUUCAAGGCUCUACCUCUGCCUUCCUUUGACCGUCUGAGGGCGCCAGAGAAGGUCGAAACCCACGCUCGGCCCGAGCCGUUCCGUCUGCGCGUGGAUGAACGGAGAGCGCUUGCCACCGUACGGAGCUGCAAACCGCAGAUGGGAGGAGAAGGCUUCGACGGGGCUCGGAAAGGCAGGAGGGUUGAAAAGCUCAUCCCGUCACGGUGGCGUUGCCGGGAGCUUUCUGUCCUUCGAAAGGAAACGAAGCUGUUUUCAGCCAGGGUUCUGGAGACUCGGCUGAUGGGCACCGAGAGCCGGUCAGAUGGUGGCGAGAGCGGUGGGAAAAGGAAGAAGCUGCUCCUCCGAGGAGACGAGCGACGGAUGGUGUCCGGGUUCGAAGCUCUGCCUUCGUCUGACCGUGUGAAGCUGCCGGAGGAGGUCAGAAGCCCAACUCAGCCCGAGCUGUUCCUUCUGCGGAUGGAUGAACGGGAUGCUGCUGCCCUCCAGAGCUGAACGCGGCCGGUAGGAUGAGAAGGAAGGGUGAGGGGCACAGCUGGACUUGAAGCGGCGUGUGUCGUUGCGAUUGUUUUCAGCAAGCGUCCUGCCCGAGUUGUACGGGGAUUGAUAUUCGAGCAAUGACCUGUCCCGUCCUGGGGGAGAGACUUGUCCUGUGGAUUGGGGGGGGGGACCGGUGCGUUUGAGGAUUUCCUUCCCCCUUUGAGGUCAGCGAUGGGAUUUCCCACAACUGUAUGAAGAGCUGUGAGGUAUUUUGCGAGCACGUCUGUGCCCAGCUGGAUCCCUUUGCUGAUCCCUUUGUGCCUGGGCACUUAUCGGCGUGUAAACGACCCGCUGCUUUUCUCGUGGGAAGCCUGCAGUGGGCACCUGAAAUUUUCCCGAGGUGAUGUUUGGCGAAAGUAACUGGCAGGCAACACGGGACGUGACUCUCUGGUUUCGCUACGGUUUUCUAAGCAAAGGAUUUCCUCGGCCUGCCUUUUCCAGUGCUGCGAGUGGUGAAGUUGGGGCGGGGGGAGAGGGUCUUUUUGUUAACAUCUGGCACCGGAUAUGGACUCUCUUCCCUCGCUGCUUGAACAGGGCUUGGAAAGGCAGGAGGGUUUAAAGCUCGUCCCGUCACGGUGGCGUUGCCGGGAGCUUUCUGUCCUUCGAAAGGAAACGGAGCUGUUGUCGGGUCGAGUGACAGAGGCUUGGCUGCUAACUCAGCACUGACGCUGCUGAAUGAUGGUUAGGCUGGCCGCUGCCUCUUCUGUGUCGGCAGAGCCGACAGUGCCCUGCGCUUACCUGAGCAAUUCCGUAGCGUCUCGUGUCCCCAGGGAGCGGGGGGAGGUUUUCAUCUCUGCACCGUUCCCCUGUCCCACGCUAAGGUGGCGGCUGCAUUGAACGAGUGACUGGUGUGCGUGCCGGCUCGGGAUCCGGGUCAGUGGGACGUGGGGAGCACGGCGCGGAGAGAGCUGUCGCUCUUCCCGUUCCUAAGGGGGUGAAGGCAUCUAUAGCCAAGGGCAGACUGAGCUUCGUUGGGUACGGAACCAGCGAAAAACUCAUCCGUACUAACAAUUGCGUGCGUGCCUCUCCCAUGAGAACAUCUGUGACGGGGUGACGUCUGUGCUAACAGGUCUCACGUUUGGGCGUAAGGUUUCCCCUUUUCCUGAGGCCCGGAGGUAUCUAGUACCUGCCCGCACGAGCUGAAGCGCUCCAGAGGGAGGCUUCCGUUCGACGCUAGUACCGCGCUGCUUCGCCGGACUGUCUGUGCGCCAAUGUUGUCUCCUCCUGCUUCUAAACUUAGAGAGUCCUUUCGGUGCUGCAGUUCUUGAAAGCCUUGUGCCGGCAACGAACAGGGAGCUGCGAGCGUUUGAGAAACGGUGGGCAGGUAGAGGAGCCGUAAGGAAGAGGCGCCGAGAGCGGGUCAGGCAAGACAAGAGCAGUGGGAACAGGAAGAAGUUUCUCUGCCAAGACGAGAAAAUGGUUCACGAGGCAAACCCGGUGCGCAAAUACCGCAGCGCAGGAGUGGAGCCCAGCGAUCAGCCGCUGACUGUGCCGAAGUCUCCCGACGUCUCAAGUAGACUCCGGUGCUGACGGGCAUCUGUGUCCGCUCUCCGGACAGGCAGAGAAGAGAGGGAGCAGUUACUUUUGUGCCAUCGCUCUGUCUCAGUGCUAUGCUUGGUUCCGUUCUCGUUAACGCUUGAAACGGCGGAUGGAGGCGAGCUCCAUCUGAGGCAGGUGUCUCGGGCACGGCAGGUGGGCAGUGCCGCGUGUUGUCUCUGUGGCCUGGCUUCGGGUCUAGGCGCCUGGUCCUCCGGAGACUAACCCCUUGGCCUUGUUACUUUGUACAAAUGUCGUGUACCUGAACUAGAUCAAAAUUCCUAACCCGACUGCUGUCCCUCGCUGCUGGGCUGAAUCCCUUUCCUGCAGAGGCUUUGGUGAAAGGCACUUGCCCAACGUGCAACAGUGUGCGUGUCUGGA